UAUAGAAGACACCGUUGAUGGCAGUCAACUUCUCGAAGGCAUCGACCGGUCGAGAGAAUCCGCAGCCCUGCGAUCGGCGGUCUAAAGUGAAACGUGCGAAAGACGACGAGGGGCGAUUUGCAAUUACGACGGGUGUCGGGGGAAACAAGCGAUCGGGAUGUUCGACGUGUUGGUGCCGGGAAAACUCGUCUUAACCUUACGAUCGACACCACCCUUCCUGGCUGAGAGCGCCUUCGCUUUAGCCCUGACGAUCUUGUUAGCGACGCCGUUGAUCGUGCGCGUUUACUUCCUCCUUGACAAGCCGUUGAGAGGCCUGACGAAGACCCCACGAAGGUAUCGCCGUCGCUACGAUCGUUUCAAUCGAUCGUUAUUGAUGCAUUAUCCGGCUACAAUCAAAUUGGCCGACUCCACAUCGAGUUCCAACUUGCAUCCGGAAUCCGCCCGCAGGAUCAAUUCCACGCCGACUCUACAAAGCAACAGCGGUACCUCGAAGAGUUCUAGUCGACGUGGGAUUCGAGUCGACCGGAAGAUCGGAGAUAGCGGAUCAAAAAUACGGAUAAGUUCAUCCUCGGAUCGUCCUUCGUCCUUCGUGGACUCACGACAUCCGAUAAUUGACAUAUCGAACCUCGAUUACAAAGCCUAUCGUUACAAACUGAUCGAAGCUACCCUGAGAAAGCAGUACGACGACUUCCAGCCGCCGGGCGACGUCGUCUUGAAUUCGCUGCAUCUGAACUCGGCCGACUCGGUAAUUGGCAUACGAUUGAACGAUCGAUACGAUCACAGUCUUUUCGAUUUUGUGGAGGAGUAUUACGACGUCGCCGAUGCAACGAGUCGGAAGAACGUCGAGCGUCUUCAUCCGCUGGACCAUUUCUUGUCGAGAGGCAUGAGAAGACCGCGGACCAGCGAGAAGGAAACGGAAACGAUUUCUGACAAUGGUAUCGAUCGCGAAAACAGCAGAAAUCAUCUUCCAGAAAACGUCGACAGCAAUCUUUCGAAACUGCCCAGCAUAGACGAUAAUGGGAAUCCGUGCAUUCGAGCGUCACUGGAUGACGUUUCUGAGAUCGCGACGAGCAAUCGAGAUUCAAAAUCGGGAGAGCCGAUUUUGAGAGGGUCGAUUCCGACGCGAGCUCGUAAAUGUGCCGAUAAAGCGACACUUGGACACGACGCGGAAGAUGACUGUCCGCAAUUCGCCGGUUCUAGAAGCAGAAAGGGAACUUGGACGAGAAACGAUCGACCAGCGAGCGCUGGAAAUACUUCGAAGAUCUUCACGUUAUCACGCGUUGCUACAUCGCUGAAAAGACGGGAAGCUACGGGAUCACCGAGACCGAGGACGAGCGCGGGUCGUUCACGCGAAUCCAAGAAAAAAUUGGAAGAUUACCCAUUCGCCGUGUUCCCAUUGUCGAGCAAACGUCGCGCGGAAAGGGUGGCGGGAGGGAGGUCAAAUUUUAUUUCGGUGAGCUCCAGCGAGAUUGCCAGCAUCCGCAGCGAAUCCAGCCAACGCCUGGAGGACGAAAUGUCAUGUCGCUCGCGCGAGUCAUCGAUCAGUCCCAGGAACCGUGUGUCGUCGCGUCCCCCUUGGAUGUCGGGGAACCGAAGGACCUCCUUCAACAGGAAAUACGGAGGAAAUAUUACGGAGAUUUCCGCCGCGAGGGUUGCGAGACCGAUGUCGGCGCGCGGAAGCGGUCUACCGGGACAGAAAUUGACAGUUUCGGCUCGAGGACGUUCGAAGGAAUCCUCGACAACAUCGACGAACCGUAAUCCGGCGUUGUCCAGAAAAGCGGCGAGUUUCGUUGCGUCACGGGAAAGAGAAUUUACCGGGAUGAUGACCGAGCAACAGCGCGGAGAGAAUUUCACGACACGGCCGCGUAGGCAGCGGAGUAAAUCAAAGGAUGUCGGAAGCGUCAUGGUGAAAGAUAAUGAAGAGGAACGAACUUUGAAGACUAUCGAUUCGCCUCCGGGGGAAAAAAUGUCCGCCAGCAGAACGGCGAUCUUGACAAUGCCCGACAAUGCCUCUUUGUCGUUUUUGUCGUCUGCAACACGGACGCUGAGUCGCCCGAGGAAGCGCUCGUCCCCAACCGCUUUCUUCGCUAAUGCACCUGUAACUGAAAGCGAAACUUGGGCGACAAAGGAACCAGAAUUAAUAACGAGCCGAUCCGGCACCGACGCUGCGAGAGAAAGGCCGGUAUCCAGGAAUAAUGCGCUAAGACUCGAGCCCGAGUCGCCAUCCGUGGAAGAUAGACGGGAGAACCGGACGAAAUUAAAUCGCGGUGAAGGAAGGCGACGGUUAAGAAGCGCGGAGAAUCCCUCGAAAGGCGUGUCGCUAAGCCCGCAGAUUGAAUUAUCCGCCGAAGUGUUAAACCCGGGCGACGAUACCGAUAAAUCCGCGAUCCCCGACAGCGAGAAAUUCGCGGGGCUUACGUCCCGGAUCGAUUCGCGGGAGAAUACAGGAAUAGCCCGGAGAAGCGACGAGAUUGAAGCCAGAAGCGCGAAAACGGAAAACGGCGUAAAAUCUAACAGCACCAACGACAUCGCUCGAUCGAGACUGCCGAAAAUUAUACGAAAUCUACGAACGAGACCCGCCAGCGUGAACAAUCUUUCCGAGAACCUGCACGGACCCGUUGCGGCUUCGCAUCCGGUACUGCGGGAUGCAAAUUCCGAGACGAAAAGCGGAUUAAACGGCAUGAAAUUGAAUACUCGAUCAAACGGCACGGUCGACGAAAUGAGAUACGAUGAAUCUCCGUCCGCGGAGGCGUCAUCUCUCGCGCAGGAUGAUGUCACGGGGCGCGGUGCCGAUGAGGAAUUGCAACUUCCGCGACACGAUUCGAAAAUAGGACUCGCGAUGAAUUCCGCUCUCAAGAGAUAUAUUAAGAUGCUGAAACAGGGCCUCCGGAAUCACGGCGAUAAAGACGGCGUCGCUCUGGCGUCCCUGAGCCUCUCCGACGCCAUAUCCAUCCUGUCGGAGCAGAGAACACCGCUGUCAUCCGAGGAGAUACAGGAGUUGCAAACCGUGCUGGAUAGAAUCGAAAGAAAUCCCGAGUUGUUGUGCAAACUAUCGUACCCCAGUAUGGAAAGCGUUGCAUGAAAAUACAUAUCUUGUUGAUACCAACGUUAAUAUUUACAUCAUGUUUUAAUGUAAUUAGUCUUUGUUACAAAACGAUUCACAGUUAUGGUUCGUUGCACGCUAAACCGGGCGUAACGAAUUUUCAAAUGUAAACUCGUUUAAAUCGAAACGGUGGGAGUUAAAACAAAGCGCCUCGCGAAAUAAUUGGCAAACAGAUAAAAUCGCGAUCGACGUUUAUAUUUCUGCUGGCGUUAUUAUUAUCGUCAAAUUGCAUGUAUACCAUAAUAACAAACGUUAAAUACGAUUGAAAAUAACACGAUUUUGCAGCCGCGACAAAACUUGCUAAAAAUCCGGCAAAAAU